AGUUGAUGGAACCGCCAUCUUGAAAAGUGCCCUCCGAUGAUCUACCUUUUCGCGCCUGUCAGAACCAGUUUUAAACGCUUUAUUUUCUUUCCAACAAACCCGUACUGUUAUCGUGUUUGUGUCGGUAAGGCUUAGGACCAAUGGCAAGAUAAGCUACAUGCUGGAGACUCGUCGUUUACCGUUGUGUAUCGGUGUGUGCUGUUGAACUGCUGUAUGUGUGCUGUUUGUCAGUCUGUCCGUCACCGCUGUCUGCCUUUCUGUCCGUCCGGCUCGCCUGGAAUGGGCCAAAACUCCCAAAGACUAGAACACACUUCUUUUUAACCUGAGCUCCAUCAUCUGGACUCCAGAAUACCCACAGCCAACAUGUUUUGGAAAUUUGACCUCCACACCACGUCCCACAUUGAUACGCUGCUGGAGAAGGAGGAUGUGACUCUGACAGAGGUGAUGGAUGAAGAUGACGUCCUGCAGGAGUGCAAAGCCCAGAACCACAAACUGGUGGACUUCCUGUUGAGACCCCAGUGCAUGGAGGACCUGGUCACCUAUAUCACACAGGAACCCAGCCCUGAUGUUGAGGAGAAAGUGAAAUACAAGUAUCCUAACAUAUCCUGUGAGCUGUUGACCUCAGACGUGAGCCAGAUCAACGACCGACUGGGAGAAGAUGAAAAACUGCUGAUGAAACUGUACGGCUUCCUUCAGAACGAGCCUCCUCUCAAUCCACUUCUGGCUAGCUUCUUCUCAAAGGUCCUGUCCAUUCUCAUAGGCCGUAAACCAGAACAGAUAGUGGAUUUUUUGCGGAAGCGUGAGGAUUUCGUAGACUUGAUGAUCAAACACAUUGGGACGUCUGCCAUCAUGGACCUGCUGCUCAGAAUGCUCACCUGCAUUGAACCACAACAGCUACGACAGGAUGUCCUUAAUUGGCUGAAUGAGGAGAAAGUGAUCCAGAGACUGGUGGACAUGGUACAGCCCUCUCAGGAUGAAGAUAGACACUCCAACGCCUCCCAAUCGUUGUGUGAGAUCAUCAGACUAAGUCGAGACCAGAUGUUCCAGGUCCAGGGCUGCUCUGAGCCGGACCCACUACUGUCUACACUUGAAAAACAGGAGACGGUGGAGCAGUUGCUGUCCAAUAUCUUUGACAAAGACAAGAAUGAAUCUGCCAUCGUCAGUGUUAUCCAGAUUCUCCUCACACUGUUUGAGACCAGGAGACCAGCAUUUGAGGGUCACAUGGAGUGCCCCCCAGGGAUGAACCACCCUUCAUUCUCCGUUAACCACAGCAUCCUGGAGGCUGUGAGACCCCGACUCAAAGACUUUCACCAGCUGCUACUGGAACCCCCAAAGAAAAAUGUGAUGAAGACGACAUGGGGGGUAUUGGACCCCCCGGUGGGGAACACCAGACUGAACGUUGUCCGCCUGGUGGCCAGUCUGCUGCAGAGCAACACACACAGCAUCAACACAGAACUCAUCAACCUCAACACACUGGGAGUCAUACUAGAUAUGUAUUUCAAAUACAUCUGGAACAACUUUCUCCAUAUUCAAGUGGAAAUCUGCACAGCCAUGAUUCUGGCGAUGCCCCCCGCCCCCACAGAGAUCCAACCAGACACAGAGCAGGAACGUGCCAGGGAGAGCAUCCUCAUCAAACAUCUGUUUCAAAAGUGCCAGUUUAUACAGAGAAUUGUCGACGCCUGGAGCUCCAAUGAGAAGGAACAGGCAGAAGGUGGUCGGCGACGAGGCUACAUGGGUCACCUCACCAGAAUAGCCAAUUCUAUUGUACACAACUGUGACAAAGGUCCUAAUGGGCCGCAGAUACAACAGCUCAUCUCUGAACUGCCAACAGAGGACAGAGAGAAAUGGGAUGCCUUUAUUUCAGGGCAGCUGGCUGAUACAAACAAGAGAAACACUGUUGACCUGGUGAACACACACCACAUUCACUCCUCUAGUGAUGAUGAGGUAGACUUCAAAGACAGCGGCUUCCAUCAGGACUCCUCUCUACAACAAGCCUUUUCUGAUUAUCAGAUGCAACAAAUGACGUCCAAUUUUAUUGAGCAGUUCGGCUUCAAUGAUGAAGAGUUUGCUGAUCAGGACGAUGUUGUGGAUAUUCCCUUUGAUAGAAUAUCAGACAUCAAUUUUUCACUGAAUACAAAUGAAAGUGCAAAUAUAGCUCUGUUUGAAGCCCGCUGUAAGGAGAAAAUCCAGCAGUUUGAAGACGCUGGUUCAGAUGAAGAGGAUAUCUGGGAUGAAAAAGAUGUGACCUUUGCACCAGAGGCACAGAGACGCCCCAGGAGUUCAGGCAGCACCGACAGUGAGGAGAGCACUGACUCAGAGGAGGAGGAUGUCAAGAGGGAUCCGUUUGAGGGUUCUAAUCCCAGCGCUGACGACAGAAUGGAGGUUGACACAGGGCCGGUGUGGACGGCCAACUUUGAUGACAUCCCCAUGGACACGGGGACCUCCACAGCUCCACCCGCCAACUCCACCCUACCUUCCACUGCCUCCCCACUGUCCUCCUCUUCAUCGGAGGUCGUCCCUGAUGCAGCGUGGAGUUCUUCUGGCCCCGCCUCCUCCACCUCUGAAACGGGCUGGGCAGAUUUCUCCAACUUCACCCCCGUCAGUCCCAAAGACCCUCUGAGGUGCAACUCCCCUGUUGCCAUGGAAACCAGCAUAGAGACAGACCCGCUUGGGGUUAAUGCACCAAUGCAGCAAGAAGACUGUGACGGCUGGUUGGGCACAGGCGUGACUCCUCCUCCUUCGUCCACUUCCUCCAAAGACUGCGGUGAAUCGAAAGCAGAGGACGAAACAGCCUGUUGUGAGCAGCGCAGCAUCACUGAGACGGUCAUCAACGGAUCCAUGAAGGAAACCGUCAGCCUCACCGUGGACGCCAAGACCGAGACCGCCGUCUUCAAGAGAGUGUUGAAAUCUUAUCGUGAUGAAGAGAAGAGUGGUUCUGCAGAGAAAUACUCAGUAGUGGAAUGUGGGAAUUCGGAAAGAACGGGAGUCAACAGCUCAGCCGCAGCCUGCUGUCCUAAAACAGGCAGUGAGAAGUGCCGGUCCAGUGUGGAGCUUCCCAAUGGUCCCCUAGAGGACAUGUCCCCUGUAGAAGAGGCCAAGUCGGACCAGAGCGCCGUUUCCUCAGAACCAGCUGUGAACGGGCCGGCAUGAUGGACCCGGCGCCAGCCAACGGCCGGCCUGUUCUGCCCCGCAGCCGCCUCCUGUCCAGCCAGCAGAGGGCGCUGCUCAGAGCUGUACUAAUCACAAGCCCCCCACCAGGACCAGCAAUACUUCCAUGGGCUGACACAGACACAGACAGGUGUACAGACACAGGAUGAACGCAGGAGACACACUCACAUGGAAACAGGAUACUUUUCUGCAUUUGUUUAUAUACUUUUGUUCUAAUGAGGUGACGUGCGACUGAUAUCUUGCCACUCAAAAUUAAAUAGUAAUGUUGCUAUAGUUAAAGAAAUGAUUGUAUGAAUAAAAUAUUUUAUAAAAAGAAAAAUGUA